ACGCCCCGGCAGCCCAGGCGGCAGGGCUGCUGCGGGCGCCGGCUCGGCCCGCCCUCUUCCCGCCGCCCCGCCCCGCGCCUCCGCCGGCCGGCUGCUGUCAGCUCCUUCAGCGUCCGGCCGAGACGCUGUGUAUGCUGAGCCGCUGCGGCCGCAGGCUACUGCACGUCCUGGGCCUUAGUUUCCCGCUGCUGACCCGCCGGCCGCUUUUCCUUGGCCCUCACCGCCUCAUGAAACCGCUGGUUGUGUUCGUCCUCGGCGGUCCCGGCGCCGGCAAAGGAACCCAGUGCACUCGCAUCGUCGAGAAAUAUGGCUACACACACCUUUCUGCAGGAGAACUUCUUCGUGAUGAAAGGAAAAACCCAGAUUCACAGUAUGGUGAACUCAUUGAAAAAUACAUUAAAGAUGGAAAGAUUGUGCCAGUUGAGAUAACCAUCAGUUUGUUAAAGAGGGAAAUGGAUCAGAUGAUGGCUGCCAAUGCUCAGAAGAAUAAAUUCUUGAUUGAUGGGUUUCCAAGAAAUCAAGAGAACCUUCAAGGUUGGAACAAGACCAUGGAUGGGAAGGCAGAUGUAGCUUUCGUUCUGUUUUUUGAUUGUAAUAAUGAGAUCUGUAUUGAACGGUGUCUUGAGAGGGGAAAGAGCAGUGGGAGGAGUGAUGACAACAGAGAGAGCCUGGAAAAGAGAAUUCAAACCUACCUUCAGUCAACAAAGCCAAUUAUUGACUUAUAUGAAGAAAUGGGGAAAGUCAAGAAAAUAGAUGCUUCUAAAUCUAUUGAUGAAGUUUUUGAUGAAGUUGUGAAGAUUUUUGACAAAGAAGGCUAACUCUAGACCUGAAAGCAUCCUUGAAAUCAUGCUUGAAAUAUUGCUUGGAUAGCUGCUAUCACAAUCCCUUUUUAAGUCAAUUUUAAUGUUUCAUAAUUACAUCACAAUUACUGGCCACAAAGUAUAUAAGACAAAUUAAAUUUUUUUAUCUUCUUCUCUUUUUUUUGUCACAGGAAUAGAGAGUGAAUUUGGAUCUAAUUUCAUCUUAGCUAUGGUGCUCACAAAACAAAGAAGGGCAUUAACUAGUUCUUUGUUUUUAUUCAAUAAGAAAAUCCCUUUUAUAGUUUGUGCCUUCUGUGAGCCAAACUUUUUGGUAUGUGUAUAUCCCUUUAGUAAUUACAAUGUGUCAGGACUAGGGAUUCCUCAUUUCCUCUUUUUCUUGCAGGUUUUAAAUUUCUAACCUGUUAAGGAAAUUUGUGGACCAAAUUCCAAAGGAACUCUUUGUGUAGUCAGUUCUUGCAUAAUGUGUUUGGUAAACAUUCAUAAAAUGAAUUGCUAGGAGUGUUUUAGUAUUUGUCAAAUAACUGGCCAUAUCCUAUAGAAAGGUAAGGAAACUUAGGCUACAUUUCCCUACAGCUUGUACAGAGUUGUGUGACAGGGCGUAGUUUCUGCUUCCAGGGAUUGGGGUGGGGGCACCGGGGGUUCAGAGCCUGACAGAAUCGUCAGCUUUAUUCUGACAUAAAUCUGAGGAUAAGAGGCAAGGAUCACUUCUAAUGACGUGUGUUCCUUAUGCUCUAUUAUAUAGUGUUAUUAGUGAUUAAGUUGAUCUCAACAAAAUUUCUAGCAGUGGAAUCUUGAAAUGCAUGUACUAGAUUUAUGGUAAAAUGAGUUUUUUUGGUUUGCUUUCUAGACUAAAUAUAACAUUAGAAUAAAGUAGAAGAAAUAUAAA